ACACGAAUUUUCUCUUUUAUUUUUUUUCCAAUUAAAAAAGUUAAAUUAAAUUAAAUUAAUAUUAUAAAGUUUUGAUAUUUUUCUCUUUCAUCUUGUAUUAUAAAAAGUCAUAGAGCUUCUCCUUAUUAUCCUUCGUUACUCUUGUCUAAAAAGACUGGCCGUUUCUUCUCUAUCUCUCUCUUUAAUUAUAAAAUUCUUCUUUGGAAAAUUCUCCUUUCAGAGGAACCAGUUUCUUCACUUUUCUGUACAGCUUGCUCAAGUGUUUUUUUUGUCAAUUAGAUCUUAUUAUCAAACCAGAGAGAAGAUGAAUCACUGUGCAAUUCAACAAGGUGCUUUCGCAGCCUGUGAAGACAUGUGGAGCUCCGUUUCUUCAAUUUCUGAUAAAAAGGACGCCGUUGUUUGCCCCAAGCCACGGCGUCUCGGCCUUUUGAACGCCACCAUAACCGAACCUAUCAGACCUCUCAGAUGGCAUGUUAGCCAUCAGCAAGAGCUAUGUGAUUCCAGAGCUGGAGCUGAGCUAUUGGACAUCAUCCUCGCGAAGGGUGGUGGUGGUGCGGAUCAAUCAUCUGCUGCACAGGUAGCCUCGUCGCCCCCAUUUUUUUGUGGGUCACCGCCGAGCAGAGUAUCUAACCCAUUAAUUCAAGAUGCACGUUUUGGUGAUGAGAAGGUCACCCCAGUUUCACCACGGGCAAUUCCUAUACCAUCCGGACUGGCUUCGUCCCCAUCCACAUCCACCAGAAAAGGUGGAUGCGUGAGGGCGAAUUUUGGCAACAAUCCAGCCGUUAGAGUUGAGGGCUUUGAUUGCCUCGACAGGGAUCGCCGUAACUGCAGCAUCCCUGCCCUGGCUUAAUCAAACCCUCGAAAUCCAAAAUCCGAAAUCCGUUUCAACAGAAGAGAAGAGUAAAUAUAGAGGUAAUUUGAAGUUCGUUUUCACAAAGAGAGUAAUCAACCUUUGGUUUUUAGCAUCACCAGGAGGAGGAGAAACAGGAAUUUUGAAAAUGAUAAAAGGAUCCUUUUUGCCUAAUGUAAAUAUUGUUUAAAAGGGUCUGUUAAGUGUCUGUAAGUAAAAAAAUGAGAGUUGUGUUGUUCUUAACCCAAGUAAAUAAUUAUGAGAUAAAAAUUAGGAGUUGUUCUAGUAAGGUGGGUAAAAACCCUCUUGGAGAAUGGUAUUGUAAGUAUGAAGAAGUUUGAGGAGAAAAUUUUUAGGAUUUUCUGUCCAUUUUGGGGUGGUUUAGAAAUGUCAAUAUGGGCGGCUUUGAUGAAGAGAUUAAAAAAAUGAAGGAAAAAACCUUUAUUAGUUGUUGAGUGGAGUCAUGGUUGUAGUCAAUUCACUUUUUUGUAAAUAUAUGAAAAAAAUAUGUACAAAUAUCCUUUACGGCUUAUAUGAUAUGAUCAUUUUGUUGCGUAAA